AUGGCUCAACACGGCGGUGGAUGGAGGACACACGGUGGGUUGAGUGCCUAUGUUGAAAGAGGUGGGAGAUGCAUGUUGAGGGGGAGGAGUUUUUGGCAAAUCCCAAUUCCUCAAGGUUGCUCUUGGAGCUGGAGACAACUCCUUAAGCUUAAAGGUAUUGCUAAAACUUUCUUAAGCUUCAAGGUGGGUGAUGGGUGUAAAAUUUUUCUUCGGUUGGAUGCAUGGCACCCGGAUGGUUGUCUUUUAGAUAACUAUGGGCAUCGUGUUGUCUAUGAUGCUGGAAGUUCAAUUGAUGCCAAAUUGUCUACCAUUAUUUGUAAUGGUGAUUGGUUUUGGCCUGCUGCAAGGUCAGACCAUUUAGUUGCCUUACAAAGUAAGCUUUCGGAGGUGGAAAUUAGUGAUUAUGAUCUACUUAUUUGGAAUUGUAAGAAUGGGAAAUAUGCUUGUUCUGGAACUUGGGAUGCAAUUAGAAAGAAGGAGGCUCGGGUACAAUGGUGGAAGGUGGUUUGGCAUUAUGUGGCAAUUCCUAAGCAUGCUUUUAUGUUAUGGCUUGUUUUCAGGGAUGCUAUGAUUACUAAAAGCCGUAUGUGGGGUUGGGGAUAUGAGGGAGAUUGUCUUUGUUCUUUUUGUCGAAGUGGUAUGGAGUCAAGGGAUCAUCUCUUCUUUGAGUGUAGCUUUAGCUAUAGAAUAUGGAAGGAAAUUCUUGGCCUUUGUUUGAUUUCUGAGCCGAAGAAAUAUUGGGAGGAAGUUGCUGAUUGGAGUGUGGUUGAGAUGAGGCAUGACUGUCUUGGAAGCAGGUUGUGUAUCUUGAGCCUGGGUGCUACGGUUUAUAACUUGUGGAAGCAUAGAAAUGAUAUUCUACAUGGGAAUGUCUUAAGUUCGGAGGAGAUGAUUAUAGCUAAAAUUAAGGGGGAGGUUCGGGCUCGUAUUAUGGCUAAAGGCCCUUAUAAAAAGUCUUCCAUGAAUGUGCAGCUUGAGGCUUUGUGGACUCUUCACAAGAUUUUCAAUUAG